AUGGAGAGGAAUUAUUACAAAGAAAGUGGAGCUAGUAAAACUGGGUACAACUUCUAUCCUUCCACUCAGUCUGCUGUAAAUAUAACACAGAAGUAUUAUAACCAGGAUGUGUCUCCUUUGUCAAAGCCAGUGGAGAUCAUACAGGAUACUCUCUACUGGUUGCCUUCAAGCACUCCUCCUAAAGGAGAAGGGGAUGAUUAUUAUUUUAGUACUGAUGAUUGUAAUGAAUUACAGUAUGACCCAUUUAAUAAAGAUUUUGGGCCUCUUAGUCUUUCUAUGACUCACCGCUUCUGUUGCGAACUUACCAAGAUGCUUCAUGAAAGAAGAGAUAGGGAUGGAAAAAUAUAUCAUCUCACAAGUCUUCAAGGGCAGAAGAUGGCUAAUUCAGCUUGACUAAUGAGCCUCUUUAUGGUUAUUAUUCUUCAAAGAACUCCUGAAGAAGCUUGGAAUACUUUCUCGGAAUAUCAUUCUCAGUUUACUCCCUUUAGAGAUGCCAGUUCUGGAGAUUGAAGCUACAAGAUGACUAUUCUAGAUUGUUUGAGAGGUGUUGAAAAGGCAAUUGAACUCGGUUGGUACGAUUUCAAAAACUUUGAUGUACAAGAAUAUGAAUACUACUCCAAAUUGGAUAAUGGCGACCUUAAUUGGAUAAUUCCAGGCAAAAUUUGUGCCUUAAUGGGCCCUUAUGAAACAAAUUAUGACUCAGAUGGGCUCAAAUGUCAUACACCAGAAGACUACAGCAAGGUAUUUGAAAGUCUUGGAGUUGAAAGAAUCAUCAGGCUUAACGAAAAGUGUUAUGAUAAAAGCAGAUUUGAGCAAUUUGGAUUCAAGCAUAAUGACUUAUUCUUUGUUGAUGGAUCCACUCCAUCUAUCGAAAUAGUUGAUGCCUUUAUCGAACUUGUAGAUAACACAAAAGGAGCAGUUGCAGUACACUGUAAAGCUGGGCUUGGCAGAACAGGUACCCUAAUUGGAUGCUAUGCAAUGAAGAGAUAUGAAAUCUCUGCAGCUGCCUUUAUCGGUUGGAUCAGGAUUGCAAGACCAGGUUGUGUUCUAGGCCCACAACAACAUUUUCUUAUUUCGAUCGAAGACGAAAUGAAAUAUGGAAAUAAAGUUGUAACUAGAUACAGAAGAUUUGAAGAUUAUGGAAGAUCAGGUGACUCUCCUUAUCGUAAAGAAAUUGGAAUGUCUCCUUCUGAAAGAGUUACAAGUCUCUACGGAGAAGAGAACCAAGGGAAGUAUCUCCUAACAGCAAAGAAAAUGCGGGGUUCUUCUAAAUACAAAUAG